CCAGAAGCCUGAAGCCGAGCUGGCCGUGUGGGCUGCAGGGUGGCGCUGCUCGCCCGGGUAGUUGAGUCCUCCAGAGGGAGACACGCAGUGUUGCUAUUCAAGAUGCAGUUCAUGCUUCUGUUCAGUCGACAAGGAAAGCUCAGGCUUCAGAAGUGGUACGUGCCUCUGUCUGAUAAGGAGAAGAAGAAGAUCACCAGAGAGUUGGUGCAGACGGUGCUGGCUCGAAAGCCCAAAAUGUGCAGCUUUCUGGAGUGGAGAGACAUGAAGAUUGUAUAUAAGAGAUACGCCAGCCUGUACUUCUGCUGCGCGAUAGAGAACCAGGACAACGAGCUGAUCACUCUGGAGAUCAUCCACAGAUACGUGGAGCUGCUGGACAAAUACUUCGGCAGUGUUUGUGAGCUGGACAUUAUCUUUAACUUUGAGAAGGCGUACUUCAUCCUGGAUGAGUUCCUGCUGGGGGGGGAAGCUCAGGAGACGUCCAAGAAGAACGUUCUGAAGGCCAUCGAGCAGGCGGACCUGCUGCAGGAGAACAUAGACUUUCAGAUGCGCCUGUUUGCAGGUGUGAUGCUCCCAAAUAUGGUCUCUGAGUCCUCUGGUCUUUUCCAGAAUUAGUCCUGCAGCCCCGUCAUGAGUACUUUGCUGUGCCCGUGUACUGAUGGUCCGCCUGCAUGAGUGUGUGCGCUCUGAGCUGCUGUCCGUGUGAAACUCUUCACUUCCAUAUCAACACCUUCACUUUGGAACAUCUAAAGGAGUUCUCCAGAUGUUUGUGGAUGAUUCAUGUGGUGACAUAUGAUCAUGUCUCAUGUUAUUGUUUCACAUCUCUUUAUUAUGACCGCUGUAAAUCAUCACGACCCAGCUGAUGGAAACCCACUCAGACCUCAAAUCAUCUGAAAUGAUUUCCUCAGAUGCGUCUUCUUCACAAAAUCUCUUUUUAUGUUGAUCCCUCAUGGGGGGGGGGCGUGUCCAUAUAAAAUAAACAAAAUAAAUCUGGGGAUAUAUUUCUAAAUCUGAUUUAAAUUCCUUAAUUUUCUUUUUUUAAUCUGAGAGCAGGAGGCAGAACAUCUUUGCCUGGUCGAGCUCUAUGUUUCUAAAUGUUUGUUGUUGUAAUACCCCCCCCCCCCCCUAUGUUCUAAGUAUUCACAUCUUGUGUUAGUGAGUUAUGUAACAUUACUUUAAAGUCACCUGGAUGAAAACACCUGAGUCGUGCUGAGUCAGCCUCUAGUGGCCGGAUCGAGUAUUACAACAACAACACACAUUUAAAUGAGCUUAAAAUAAAGUUUCACCAUCAAAUGUUUCAUCAGCGUGUUUUCACAGAUGAAAGAAAAGUAACUUAGAAAAAUGGACCUGGCAAAAUCUUUUUGCACAUUACAUUAAGAUUACAUUAAGAUUAAGAUUACAUUAAGAUUACAUUAAGAUUAAGAUUACAUUAAGAUUACAUUAAGAUUAAGAUUACAUUAAGAUUACCACAUCAACUCUUUAGAUCAGAUUGAAUGUCCAGAGUUUUAUAUUGUUCAGAGUUCUUCUUUCAGUUUCAGAUUUGUGUUCAUGUCAUCAUGUGUUGUUAGAAGAACAGCUGUUCUGUGUUUAAAUGAUUUCUAGAUGUAAAUGAACAGCAGCCCACUCUCCAGGUGAGUGCUGUUCGUAUUUCUACAUCAUUACGAUAAUAACAGCCUUACUCUUUCUUUAUCUUUUAUAAACGCUGAAUGUUUAGUAUUUAGAGGAUGUUUUUGAUCAUUGUAUAUAAAAGAUAAUAAAUAGUUUAUGAUUGUUUGUCAUGAA